AAUAAACCAAUAAUGCAUUAAAUUACAAGAGAUUUUAAAAAUUUAUUCAGUAUUAAUAACAUUGCUUCAAUUUACAUUUCAAAGGCAUAUCGUUAAACAACCAUAUGGAAGGUGUAUUAUGGAAAUGGACUAAUUACUGGAAUGGUUGGCAAACCAGAUGGUUUGUUUUAGAAAAUGGAAUAUUAUCUUAUUAUAAGUCGCAGGAAGAAGUUAAUCAGGGAUGCAAAGGUUCUGUAAAGGUGUCAGUCUGUCAGAUAAAUGUAAAUAACAUAGACAAUACUCGUUUAGAUUUAGUUAUACCUGGUCAACAACACAUGUAUUUGAGAGCUCCUUCCCCUCAAGAUAGACAGAAGUGGCUUGUAGCAUUAGGUAGUGCUAAAGCUUGUGUUGACUCAGUAUUGGAUUCUAAAGGAUCUGGAAUUGAAGACUCUCUAACACAUAAGAAAUCUGAAUUACAUUUGUAUUGUGAUUUACUUAUGCAACAAGUGCAUGCAAUGAAAAGUGCAGCUAACUCUGAAGGAGGUCCAGAGAUUCAGAAAAUUGAAGAUGCAUCUAGUCUACUGACUGCAACAUGUGACACCUUUAUAAGAACCCUUGAAGAUAUAAUGAAACUCACUUUAACUACAGGAAUCAAUCCCACUGUCUAUGAAAUGCCAGUUCCUAAUCUAACAAUGACUAAAAAUAAUUCGAACAAACCAAAGCCAGUUAAUAGGUCCUUAUCACAAGAAAAUAGAUAAGGGACAAUUGUUACAACUAGAAUUUUUAUGUUUAAUACUGUACUUAAACUCACUUCGAUUUGUAAAAAGCUGAAACAUUUUUAAGACAUGUAAAUAGUGAAGUAAUAUAUUAGAAUAUACGAAAUUAAUAUUUUGUGCAAUAAUAUGAAAUUUAAAUUAAAAAUUUUACUAAUAUAAUUUUACAUCAGAUGUAAAAAUGUAAUUUUAAAAUAAUUGCUUUUGGUUUUCUCUAUUAUAUAGGUAAUUGUAUCUUAUUUUUUUUUAGUUUUAAAUUUGAGAAAAUAUUCUAAAAUUUACAUAAACUGUAUUACUAAUAAGAUCUGCUUGUUAAAAGAAACCAUUCAAGUCUGAUAAAAUUUGCACUUAAUAGCAUAUUAUAAAAUUUUACUUUAUAAAUUGUCAAGUACAUUCCAAUUUAUUCUCUAUUUACUAUUUUCAUUUAUCGUAUUUGUACUUUUGUGCAGAAAAUAAAUGUACUAUAAUAUGAAA